AUGUACGUGUUUAUUGCCAUAAACACCGAGGCAUUUCUGUUUGGAUCACCUAGUGCCGAGCAAUUUAGCACCAAGUUCAAUCUGUACACCCGCCGCAAUCCGCAACAUGCGCAAGUAAGCUCACAACCAGAGGGCACCGGUAGCCUGGCCAAUUUCAACAACACCCUGGUCACCAAGUUCAUUAUACACGGCUAUGGUGUGGCGCCGGCCGGUGCCAUGUCAUUGGAAACCAUGAAGGACGAGUUUCUGAAUGCCGGUGACUAUAAUGUGUUUAUUGUCGACUGGAGUGCAGGCAAUCAUUUAUUGUCAUAUGAGCAGACUAAAGCUAACAUAAAGUCGACUGUACCACGAGCAGUCACAAAGUUAAUUACCGAAUUACAGAGUAAAUCAGGGUUAGAUCUAAACAAGGUUCACAUUGUGGGCCACUCAUUGGGCGCACACAUCGCCGGUUUUACCGGCAAGGCUUUCAAUGGCAAGAUUGGUCGCAUUACUGGUUUGGACCCAGCAAGUCUUGGUUUUGAUGGUCAACCUUCAACAGAUAAACUUGCACCAUCUGAUGCUCAAUUUGUCGAUGCCAUACACACGGAUGCCGUACCGGUGAUAGGGCUGGGUAUACAUGAAAACUCCGGGCACAUUGACUUUUACCCCAAUGGCGGAACCACACACCAACCUGGUUGCAUUAUCAACAGAGUCACCUCGGUUAUUCAAAAU